UUGGUCUGGCGCGACAGCGGUUGCCGGUGGCCACCGAGUUGGAGGGAGGGAAGCACACGCAGCCUUGGACCGAGCGAGGACGGAGCAUCGCUCGCCCGCACGCUUGCGGUCGUCUUUUCGGCUCUCUAACUUGACCCGAAAACUGGAUUGAAACACGCAAACCGCUGGGAUGCCUGCGAGUAAAAACGUACAAGGAGGAAAAGCCUUCGGGCUGUUAAAAGAGCAACAAAGGCAAAAACUGGAGGAGGUGAACCAGGAAUUCCUGGAGGACCAAAAGUACCGGGAUGAAGAUGACCUCGCGGAGAAGCUGGAGGGUUUCAAAAAUAAAUAUGCUGAAUUUGACCUGAAUGACCAAGGCGAAAUCGAUCUGAUGGGCCUCAAGCGCAUGAUGGAGAAGCUGGGCGUUCCCAAGACCCACUUGGAGCUGAAGAAGAUGAUCGUGGAGGUGACGGGCGGCGCCAGCAGCAACAGCAUCGACUACAGGGACUUUGUCAAGAUGAUGCUGGGCAAACGCUCGGCCGUGCUCAAACUAGUCUUACUGUUCGAGGACAAAGCCAACGGGGCGGCGCCCUGCAAGCCGGACGGCCCGCCUCCGAAGCGGGACAUCGCCAGCCUGCCUUAAGCCUGCCCCCUGACCCGCCCCCAAUUCCAACCCCUCCCCUGCCCUCACAGGCUACUUUCGAAUUUUCUUAACCCUGGUGGACCACAGAUGGACGAAUGAGGGUAUUUUUGUGAUGUACGGUGCGUGAAAGGUGGCUAUCGUCGCUAAACGAUGUUUGACUGUGAAUAUUAUCCUUUAGGUAAAUAGUAGCAUCUGUAGUGUAUGUGUCUUUUUUUUUUUCGUUUGUUUAGUGAAGUGUUGUGUAUUAAGGGAAAAUGCUUUUAUUUGUUAGCCAAGCACAAGCAGCUUUCUUCCUCCCGUUUCCACAGCACCCUCGCAGGGAUUCCCGCCGCGCCAACCUCAGUCCGCAUUUCAGAGAUUACAAGAUUACAAGCCACCCCCACUUCCUGCGGCGCUGGAACACUGAUCUGGAAUCACUAACUAGUUUGUCAAGUCUGCGUUUUGGACUUUGACUCAAGCUUGCACCCUGGUUUGAAGUCAAGUGCACGUGUAGGAGGACUGUGACGAAGUGGUACAAAUGUAAAAGGCAACAAUAACAACAGUACAAUCACGUUCUUUCCAAGUGCCUCAGUGUGGAAACAGCGGGGGGGGGGGGGGUCCCGAGCCGUAAAUCAGAACUCUACAAAUCCCUGAAAAUCGGUCUUUGAUGCUGCGCCACAUUCUUUGAGUGUUUACAAGUGAUUGCUCCGCCUCUACCCUUUCCCCCUCCUCUUGGUUUUGUUUUCUUUUUUUUAACUCUUUAAAUGUUAUUGUAAAAGCUGUUUACUAAACAUUUUGGUUUUGGCAUAGUAUAUAAACAAAUUUAGUAGUGGUAACGGCACCUAUUUUUCUGACACCCUCCCUACUCGCUCUGCCCGCCUUCACCUUGACUCAGCUAACCUUGCUGGUCCAUGUCAAUUGUCAUUUUUACUUGAGUCGCGGACCGCAAAUGGCCCCAUGCCAUAGUUUGGACACCACUGUUCUAGUCCGUACUAGGCUCUUACCAGCACACGCCCGACUUUUUGGUGUGUAUAGAACUGUAAGAGCUGGCGAGCACCGAAUACAAACGUUUUAUAUGAACUUUACAACCGUCCCGAACCACUUGA